AUUUUCCUUCGAAAUCAUUCUCAAAUCUCAAAACAAAAAUCAAAAUCAUUAUCAAGAUCAUUUCAUUUUCUCAUCCAUGGCGGUUUCCACAAAACUGACGCAGACCGCGGUGGUGAAGCAAAUCAAGAAACGGUGUUCUAGUUUAAGAAUCAACAAGAACAAGAACACUCACCUCCAAUGCGGCGGCGGAGACGAGAUUCCGGUGGACGUUCCCAAAGGACAUUUUGUGGUGUAUGUGAGUGAGAAUAGAAGCCGUUACAUUGUGCCGCUCACGUUUCUGACCAGGCCGGAGUUUCAAAUUCUUCUCCAAUUGGCUGAGGAGGAGUUUGGGUUUAAUCAUAAUAUGGGCCUCACUAUCCCUUGUGAGGAGCAAGUCUUUCAGUCUCUUACUUCCAUGCUCCGAUAAAACCGAACCAAAUCGAACCCAACUUUUUCUUGUUUAGACUGUGCAUCUAACAGGUCAGUUGUCAUAUUUAGAGUUAUAUAUGGAGAGAGAUUAAUUUCUCUUCUGGAGAGCGGUUUUCGGUUGUUAUUAGUACAUUCAUCGAAACUAUGCUCGAAAAAUCAUUGGAAGAGGUUGGAACAAUGUGGUAGAUGAUUUUAGGUUAAAGUAUUUUAAAUCUGUAUCGAUACAUUAUUAGAGAUAUACAGGUUCGAAUCUUUAUCCGAAAAUCAUUACCGAGCUUAUUUAGUGAAAUUUUACUCUCAAACACACAAAGUACAAAAUUUGUCUUUUAUU